AUGAACAACCUGGGGCAGAUGGGCGUGGCCAUGGGCUACGUCGACGUCUCCCUCUUCGUCUCCAUGACCAGCAUCUGGGGAUUCUUCGGUCGCAUCGCCUCCGGCACCAUCUCCGAGCACUUCAUCAAGACACGAGCAAUUCCCCGCCCGCUGUGGAACGCGGCCUCGCAGGUCCUGAUGGCCAUAGGAUACAUCGUGAUGGCGUUGGCGAUGCCAGGCUCCCUCUUCAUCGGCUCGGUGGUCGUCGGCAUCUGCUACGGCGUGCGGCUGGCGGUCACGGUGCCUACGGCGUCAGAGCUAUUCGGCCUCAAGUACUACGGUCUCAUCUACAACAUCCUCAUCCUCAACCUGCCGCUCGGCUCCUUCCUCUUCUCGGGCCUGCUGGCGGGCCUCUCUACGACGCGGAAGCCACCGCGGUGCCCAGCAGCGGCAACACCUGCGUCGGCGCACACUGCUACCGCCUCGUGUUCCUGA